UGUGCGAUUGGGAAUGCACCAUCUCUGCUGAUGGGGCCUGGCCUUGACGGCCGGUGGCCACCAGAGGAUGGGACUUUCCUUGGUUGCCUUCUCUGUAUUUGAGAUAAAUACCAAAGCCCUUUGUGGGAGUCUUGGUGGUGGCACAUGGGGGGAAACUCUAUAGGCAGGGGCAGAGGAGCCUAUGCUCAGAGAGUUGAGUGUCUCAGGAAUUCACCUGCUUGACCUUGGACAUGUAAAGGCAGGUUCUAUCUGUGAGGCCGCCUCAGCCUGAGCCUCAUGAGUAGUUAUCCCCAGCAAAGUUGGGCUGAGGCUCCCCUGAUGCCCAGACAUGCCCUCUCUACCAGAAAGCCCAGUGCAGGUAAAGGGCUGCCAGGCACAAGAUGGGGACAGUAGACUGAGAAAGGUGAUGAGAGUAUUUGGAGCAGCCGGUUAGAGCUGUGGGACUGUCUCCCUCAUCAGAGGCCAAGGCCAGUAUCAGCGGAGGGCUGGCAGGUGUGUCAGCAAGGGACUGAGGCACUGGCAGCUUCUGCUCCAGGCUGAGCUGCAACCGGGCCUGUGAUCCCCGUGUGUGCGGGCAGUUAAUCUCCGAAGGCCAGAGUCACUACUACUAGAGAGCAGGAACAUUGAACUUUUCAAUCACAUUAAUUUCCACAGGAAAUUGUUGUCUUCCUUUUGUCCAAAGAGAACAGCCCCAGCCAAGGUGGGAAGGAGGCGGGGACUCGACAGCCGGUGGUGAUUCUCUUGGGAUGGGGUGGCUGCAGGGACAAGAACCUUGCCAAGUAUAGCGCCAUCUACCAUAAAAGGGGCUGCAUCGUGAUCCGAUACACAGCCCCGUGGCACAUGGUCUUCUUCUCUGAGUCCCUGGGCAUCCCUUCACUUCGUGUUUUGGCCCAGAAGCUGCUUGAGUUACUUUUUGAUUAUGAGAUUGAGAAGGAGCCUCUGCUCUUCCACGUCUUCAGCAACGCUGGCGUCAUGCUGUACUGCUACGUGCUGGAGCUCCUGCAGACCCAUCGGCGCUUCUGCCACCUGCGUGUGGUGGGCACCAUCUUUGACAGUGGUCCCGGUGAUAGCAACCUGGUAGGGGCUCUGCGGGCCCUGGCAGCCAUCCUGGAGCACCAGCCUGCCAUACUGCGCCUGUUGCUCCUGGUGGCCUUCGCCCUAGUGGCAGUCCUGUUCCACGUCCUGCUUGCUCCGCUCACAGCCCUCUUCCACACCCAUUUCUAUGACAGGCUACAGGACGCAGGCUCUCGCUGGCCUGAGCUCUACCUCUACUCAAGGGCAGACGAGGUAGUCUUGGCCAGAGACGUGGAACGCAUGGUGGAGGCACGCCUGGCACACCGGGUCCUAGUGCGCUCUGUGGACUUUGUGUCGUCUGCACACGUCAGCCACCUCCGUGACUACCCCACGUACUACACAAGCCUCUGUGUUAACUUCAUGCGCAACUGUGUCCACUGCUGAGUGGACUGCUCCAGAAAUAAAUGCCUGAUACCUCCCCACCGCCUACAUCUGUGGGGCCCUUUUCUGGUUCAGCUCCCUAUGGCCCUUUGGAACUUUGUGGUCCCAUAAGUAGAAAAUUCCUGCGGGCGUCUGUCCUGGGGGACUGCUGGUGGUCUGCUUACCCCAGGAUCCUAAGGGGCAGGAGUGCCUGGGCAUAUGUCUGUGGGACCUUGCAGUUGGGUGUGUUUGGACAACUGCAACCAUCAGGCUGCUGAUUCCUGUGGCAUUUAGGCUAUAGAGAUUAACAAAGUAGGAAGAGGGGGGGUGUUGAGGAUGAGCCCGAGUUGAUUUUUUAAAAAAAAUUGUGAUAAGAAUACAACAUGAGAUCUACUCUUCUUAACAAAAUUUUAAGUGGACAAUAUACUGAUAGUUAACAAUACCUGUGGUUAAUAUAGGCACAAUAUUGCACAGUAGAUGUCUAGAAUUUAAUCAUUUUUCAUCUUGCAUAAUCUAGAACUUAAUCAUCUUGCAUAACUGAAACUUUAUGCCCUUUGCCAGAGUUGAGUUUUGAUUCCUUGAGUGAAAGGUGAGCUCUGUCGGGAGGUGCUCUAGGGUAACUCUGGUUUGGGGGUCAGGUCAGGCUGGGGAUACGGGCGGUGAUCUCAGCAAAGCCCCGCAGUGGAAAGUCCCAUCCCCAUGGUCGGACCGCCCUGCCCAGGAGCUGAGCCGAGGAUGCAGAGUUCAGGGCCCUGCCCAGCUCCAUACUUUGCUAGGAAGCCACUGGAUCCAGGAAAGUUGCCGGCUGAAAGCUGCAAGAUGGAGUGGGGAGCAGGAAGGCAGCAGCGCUCUAACGGGAGCUGGGACAGGCUAACUGGAGCCCUCACGACCAGAACAGGGUAAGGGGAUUUUUGGCCAAAACAACAAACUCCUUUGUUUCCUUAAACGGAGACCCACUUGGAUACUCUCUAGGCAGGAGAGGUGGUUUCAGCCUUACAGUUCUGUACCGUUCGUCAUUCUAUAAGUCACUGCUGCACAAUGUUGGCACAUAGAAGGUAAUCAAUAAAUAUUUGUUGAUUGAA